AUGAAAACGGCAAUCUUCUCUCCAUCCACCACCUUCCACCUCCGAUCCUCUCCGGCUGCGGCCGCCUUUUCUCAUCUUCCUCUCUCCUCAGGUGGUGUUGUUCUUAAAUGCCCCAAUUUUGAAUGCAAAGCUGUCUCAAAGUUUCCAACACAAGAGCACCUUGAUGUACGUCAACAAAAUGGUUUGCUAUCUAUCAACUCGCAGAAUCACAUCAUGGAGGAUGAACUCGACACAAAUGAGAUUUUGUAUUUGAGCGAGGAGAUCAAGGGGUUUGCUGAGAGAAUCAAAGGGAUAUUGAAUGCAAUUGAUGAUGGAGAGAUAAAUGCGGUGGCUUACGAUACAGCUUGGGUUGCACUCGUSCAAGAUGUUAAUGGAAGUGGUCGCCCUCAGUUCCCGUCAAGUUUGGAGUGGAUUGUAAACAAUCAACUCCCUGACGGAUCCUGGGGCGACUGUGUGACCUUUUUGGCUCAUGAUCGGAUCAUUAGUACAUUAGCAUGUGUGAUCGCGCUAACUUUUUGGAACUUUCAUCCCGSAAAAUGCCAAAAAGGAGUGGAAUUUCUGAAAGAGAACAUAAGCAAACUUGACACCGAGAACGAAGAACAUAUGACGUGCGGUUUUGAAGUUGUGUUUCCUUCACUUAUCGACAUUGCAAAGAAGCUCAACAUCGAAGUCUCAGAAGAUUCUCAGGUCUUGAAAGAAAUCUACGCAAGACGGAACCUGAAGCUCGCAAAGAUACCGAAGAACAUAAUGCACAAAGUUCCGACAUCUUUACUUCUUAGCUUGGAAGGAAUACCUGAUUUGGAGUGGGAAAAACUUGUAAAACUUCAGUGCAAAGAUGGGUCAUUCCUCUUAUCGCCAUCAUCCACUGCUUUUGCAUUCAUGCAAACUAAUGAUGAGAAUUGUCUUCAAUAUCUCACAAAUGUUGUUACCAAAUUCAAUGGUGGAGGUGUGUUUUCAUUUCCGRAUUUCUACCCGSUGGAUCUUUWUGAACGUAUUUGGGUCGUUGAUCGCCUCCAACGUCUUGGGAUUUCUCGYUAUUUCAAGUCAGAGAUCGAGGGUUGUGUUGAAUACGUCUACAAGURUUGGACUAAGGAUGGGAUCAGUUGGUCGAARAACUCGAAUGUACAAGAUAUUGAUGACACUUCGAUGGGAUUUAGGAUUUUGCGAAUGCAUGGUUACGAUAUUUCUGCAGGUUUUGACGAUGUUUUUAGUGACAAAUUCAAGAUUAAUGAGGUUUUUGUGACAGAUGUGUUUCGACAAUUUGAAAAAGAUGGCAAAUUUGUGUGUUUUGUCGGGGAAACAACAGACUCCGUCACCGUAACGUUCAAUUUAUUACGCGCGUCGCAAGUGCUCUUUCCCGGAGAGAAAAUCCUUGACGAAGCCAUGAAGUUUUCUUAUAAAUAUUUGAAGGAGAAACAAUCAUCGAACGAGCUCCUUGAUAAAUGGAUCGUCGCCAAGGACUUGCCUGGUGAGGUGGGAUACGCGCUAGACAUACCAUGGUAUGUGAGUUUGCCUCGACUCGAGACAAGAUGCUACUUGGAGCAAUACGGAGGCGAAGACGAAGCGUGGAUCUCAAAAGCCGUAUACCGGCUGGGAAAUAUUAGCAAUAACACAUACCUCGAAAUGGCUAAAUUGGAUUACAACCACUGUAUGGUCAGGCAUCAGCUCGAGUGGAACAGUAUGCAGCAAUGGUAUGUGGAUUUCAAUAUCGAACGGUUUGGGAUGAGCAAUAUCACAAGUCUUUUGGUCGCAUACUACCUGGCUGCAGCCAGCGUAUUCGAGCCAGAAAGGUCCAACGAGCGAAUCGCRUGGGCUAAAACGACAGCCUUAGUCGACGCCAUCACCUCCUUCUUUGAUUCACGACAGCUCUCGAAAGAGCAUAGAAGAGAUUUUGUCGACAAGUUCAGAAACACACCGUCAUCCGUUCGUCCUGCCAAAUAUGGAAACCCAUGGCAUGGGUUGAUGGUUGCACUGCAGCGAACCCUACACGAGCUCGCAUUGGACGCACWCAUGGCUCAUAGCAUAGACAUUCAUCCACAACUUUACCAUGCCUGGGAGAUGUGGCUGACAAGGUGGCUAGAAGAAGCGGAUGCCAUAGAAGGACAAGCGGAACUGAUGGUGCAAACAAUGAACAUGAUCGCUGGUCGAUGGACAUCGAUGGAACUCUUCGCUCAUCCUCAAUAUCGACAGCUUUCAACCGUCACUAAUAACCUCUGUCUCGAAAUAUCCGGUUCCAAUCAAUCCAAGGAGAAUCGUACCAUAUGUUUCAAGAGUGAAACCAUGAAGGCGAAAAGAGAGCACAUAAUGCAAGAACUAGUGCAACUCGUAUUCAGCAACUCACCUGAUGAUCUUGAUCAAGAUUUGAAGCAGACAUUCCUAACUGUGGCGAAAACUUUCUACUACAGGACCUAUUUCGAUCCCGAGACCAUAAACGUUCAUAUCUCCAAAGUACUCAAUUACACGUAUCUUGAAAUGGGUAAGUUGGAUUACAACAACUGUGUGGCCAUCCACCAGCUCGAAUGGAACACUAUGCAGCAAUGGUAUGUCGAUUUCGAUAUGGGACGGUUUGGGAUGAGCAAUACCACAAGUCUUUUGGUCUCAUACUACUUGGCUGCAGCCAGCGUCUUCGAGCCAGAAAGGUCCAUCGACCGAAUCGCGUGGGCCAAAACAACCACAUUACUCAACGCCAUCUCAUCAUUCUUCGAUUCACUGCAGCUAUCGAUAGAGCAUAGGAAAGAUUUCGUGGACAAGUUCAGAAACAAACCGUCAUCCCUUAGUCCUGCCAUAUAUGGAAAACCAUGGCAUGGGUUGAUGGCUGCACUUCAAGGAACCCUACAUGAGCUUGCGUUGGACACACUCAUGGCUUGUGGUCGAGACAUCCAUCCACAAAUUCCCCAUGCAUGCCGUAAGCUCUGGGAGAGGUGGUUGACGAGGUGGCAAGGAGGAGGAGAUGCAACGGAAGAACAAGCAGAGCUGAUGGUACAAACAAUAAGCAUGAUCGAUGGCCGAUGGACAUCGAAGGAACUCUUGGCCCAUCCUCAAUACCAACGGAUUUCAACCGUCACUAAUAACCUCUGUCACGAAAUAUCCCAGUCCCAUAAGUCCAAGGAGAACCGUAUCACAUGCUUCGACAGUGAAACCGCAAAUGCAACGAUAGAGUGCAGAAUGCAAGAAUUAGUGCAACACGUCCUCAGCCGCUCGCCCGAUGAUCUUGAUCGGGAUUUGAGGCAGACGUUCCUUGCCGUCGCGAAAACUUUCUUCUACAAGGCCUACUAUGAUACAGACACAAUAAAUGUUCAUAUCACCAAAGUAUUGUUCGAAACUGUACUUUAA